AUGAGCCCAAGCAGGCCGGCGAGAGCUGCGGCACCCAAGCCCAAGUCUGUGAGAACGGGUCGCAUACGGAAAGUUCGCUCCGCAGUCUCACCUAUUAGUGCCGCCCCGCAAAUCGUGACAGCAAAUGGCGCUACGGAACCAGUCGAUGGCCAGCCUCCCGCAUGGGCUGAGUGCCGCCCAGAGCUAUGUGAUGCUCUCCCCUGGUUUCGCGCUGUUCAAGGCGGUUCUUACCACUGUGACCAUCUGUGCUGGGGUUUCUUGCUGGACGCUGACUGUGGGAUUCGCUCAUACAUCGAUGAAGAGGUGGUAGUUACAAGGGUCGGAGGAGGGUGCACUAAGGAUGCAGAGGGCAACCUCAUCCUCGUUAGAGAUCAAGGCAGCGAGGACAGUGCUGUCAGCAGUCUCAUUAAUAGUAUGGACUCGAAGGUUCCAGUGGGCCUUAUAAUAGGAGACCGCAACACACUUCUCGGAAGAAAGCUACCACACCGAUACAACGUAAUGGAUUACUUUCGGGUCACGAACGUCUGGUACGAGAGGAUCGGUGGCAAAGUGGGGGCCAAAGUUCGCUUUGAGAAGCUGAACCUCUCUACAAAGAGCUGGUGGGCAGCCAAAGGCUCUGCCACUCCUGUUCCAUAUUAUCAGCGCCCUGAGAUUCAGGCCGAGAUCAACCAUUGUGCCGCUUGCCAGACAGCAAGUCCACGUAUAUACAAUGAAGGCUGGAUGUGCCUGCAGCCCACCUGCGACAGCUUCUGGACAAUCAACGGGUUCGAACCCCCUGUGGUCCUUACGUUCUAUCUCAACUUCCUUCGAACUCGAACUCCUCCUGCUCCUGAGGUAGUGCCACACCACGAUCUGGUACCCAACCUGCUACCAACGCUAGAAGAAGACGGAGAAGGCGUCAGCUAUUCUCGAAUUGCGUGGAAGGGCAUUAUCUGCCCACAUUGCCAAAAGUGCAUAUCCAGAAAGUACUGGCAUGGUUGGAAAUGCACAGAUGAGCUCAGUCCGAUCUCGGAAAAAGGCGAGACAAGCUGCACAUUCGAGAGAAUGCUGACCGUGCAGCCGGUUUCUCUACGAUCUGUUAUUGAUGACUUUAGCCUUGGGCCGAACAAACGUGCUUGUCAUUUUGACUGCAAAUUUGCCGUACCAGACAUUGAUGAUGAGACACUUUUUCCGUACAGAAAGCUGACCUACCGAAUUCCAGGCGUAGGCAGCAUUACUCACUUUGUUGCCAACAGAAUAAUCAACAGUCGUCCCAACGGGCCAAACGAUCUAUUUCGACAGCUGCAGGUUUCUGACUUCGGGCUGCGUCGUUAUCCAUUACAGCAGAGUGUUGUUGCUGGAACCCUCACUGCACACUUUGCUGUGAAUUACGGAAUGCCAUACAAAUAUAUUGUUUCAGUGGACUCCAGGCCCUUCAAUGAUGCUCCGGAUGAGAUCAUGCGGGCUUUGGGUCGUUUGACGUGGGCGACUGAGCGAGCUGUAGCAGGCAGUGGAGACACCUUUCUUCCGCCAAAUGAGCUACUCAUGCUUGGUUAUUUUGAAGACAUGAAGAUUGGUUAUCAUGACGAUGGGGAGUCGUCUCUCGGACCAACGAUUGCCACGCUUUCCCUGGGUGCCAAGUCGGUCAUGUCAAUUCGAAUGAAGUACAAGUACUACAACGGCUUGUCGAAAAGCAAGACACUCUUGAAAGAUGACCCCGUAUUGGUGGGUUGCAGAAUGGAAGCCGAACGACGGAGCCUGAAGAGUCAACUGGCCAACGGUGAGAUUGACCAAACAACAUAUGACAGUCUACGGCGCAAGGCCUUGCAGAAGGGCAAAUGGGGAGAGGCUCCCAUAGGUAUCAAGAUGGAGCUCAACCAUGGGGACUUGGUAGUCAUGCACGGCGCGAACCUUCAGAAAUACUACGAGCAUGCGGUGAUUCCAGACAAGAAGCUACGCUUCGCUCUGACCGCUCGUUAUAUAAAACCAGACCACGUUGAACCGGAACACUUGCCGAAAGGAGAAUUUAUACUGACACCUGAUCAAGUAUACGAUGGGAAAUGA